AUGAUGAGGCCAAAGAUAGUGCUGUUCGGAGAUUCCAUAACUGAGCAAUCCAUCAAAGAGAAUGGAUGGGGUGUUCCUCUUGCCAAUACCUAUUCUCGCAGGGCUGAUGUACUUGUUCGUGGUUAUGGUGGAUACAACACUAGGUGGGCUAUGUUCUUACUGCACCACCUCUUCCCUCUGGACUCAACUACACCACCUAUUGCUACCACAAUAUUCUUUGGGGCUAAUGAUGCAGUUUUGUUAGGAAGAACCGGUGAAAGGCAACAUGUGCCUAUUGAAGAGUUCAAAGAGAACCUUAGAAAAUUUGUUCGACACUUAAAGGAAUGCUCACCAACUAUGCAAAUUGUGCUUAUUACUCCACCACCAAUCUGUGAGGAAGGACGCCUGGCAUAUGCAAUAUCCAUAUAUGGUGAGAAGGCUACCAAAGUGCCUGAAAGAACAAAUGAAGUAACUGGUCAAUAUGCUAACUCCUGUGUUGAGGUCGCAAAGGAAAUGGGCGUGUGGUAUAUCAAUCUAUGGUCCAAAAUGCAAGAAACAGAUGGCUGGCGAACGAAAUAUUUGAGUGAUGGGUUGCAUCUGACAGCAGAAGGAAAUGCAGUAGUAUACGAAGAAGUGAUAAAGGUGUUCAAUGAAGCGGGACUUUCUGCUGAUAACUUGCCCUUUGAUUUUCCUCACCACUCAAAAAUUGAUUCUGAACAUCCUGAGAGAGCUUUCCGGCAGAAUGCUUGUGAUGUCCCAUUGUGA